AUGAUAAAAGACCAGCAGAAUUUCAAGUCUUUUUCGAAAUGGUCUAGCGCCGUCAAGGAUUUAGUGGAAUCCUCAAAGAACUUGCCUACAGGGUCAUCCGACAUUGGGUCUAUUGAAUUGGGAUCGAAAGAAUUGAAGAAAAGAAUUCAUGAUUUAAGGACCUCCAAGUCAGAAAAAGAGGCUAACUUCACUAAAGCGCAUUAUUUGUUGGCUGGAAGUGGGAUAGUUAUUGAGGAUCUUGAAUCAGAGAUCAAAUCAGUCGAGUUACAGAACUCGUUAGAGAAUUCCAUAGUCCCAAGUCACAAUGGUGUUGACUUUGACAGUCAUUUGAACAACAAGAAAGAGGAAAAUAUUUUGGCAGCCAUCGAGCAAUCCUUAACCACUGCAUCAAGAGAUUUUGAUAUUUUCAUCAACCAAAACAUCACCAUGGAUUGGAGAAAACGUAAACAAGAAAUUUAUGAAUCUUUUGGCUUUGGUUCAAAGUACUUGAAAUCUUCCAAAGGGGAAAAGACCAAAGCUUCUUCACUUCCAAAAAUGUUUUCUGUAUCCUCAAGCUCUUCUUCUGCCAAUGUUGAGUCUGAAAAUUCAACUCUGCAAUUUGCCAACUGGGGUAAGUCAACUAUUGGUCAUUCAGUACUAGGACCAAGAUUAGGUGGUGGUGAUUUUAGCGAUCUACCAAAGGAUACCAAGCUUACGAAUGUUAAUAGUAUAUCAAUGAGAGAAAAAUUUGAAAAAUUUGCUGUCAUUAUCUAUGAAUUGAAUAACUCUCGUCAACAGCUCAAACCUGUGCACAUUAUCAAUAAUUUUUAUGAUGCCACAAAAGAUGCCACCGACAGCCGUACAAGGCAAAUAAAUGAAUGCUGGAAAAUCUUGAAUGGAUUGAUUGACAAAUCGGAGCCUCAAAAUUCUUACUUUGACCAAUACAAUGAUUUCAAGAGUAAGAAUUCGGCCAACUUAAGAGGCAAAAUCAUCAAGAAUAGUAUCAAGUACCUUGAGAGCCAGUUUUUGAAGCACGUAGAUGUCAUCUACCGCAAAAGAGUGAACAGCGAUGAUAAUUCUGGUGCUAGCACGGAUGAAAUGGAAAAUGGUUUGCCAAUUCAUUUGAAUAAAAUCAAAUAUUAUGUCAAGUCGCAGAAAAAAAGAUUGUUUGAAAAAGAAGAAAUCAAGAGAAGUUUGUUGAUGGUUAACGAUGUCCCAAUCUGGGCGUUAAUCUUCUACUUAAUCAGAGCUGGCUGCUAUACAGAAGCUCUUGAAGUUGCUGAAGAGAGCGCUUCCAUUUUUAAGAAAAUUGAUUCGAAUUUUGUUACAUACUUGAAGAGCUUUAUUGUUUCUACAAAGGAUGAAAAUAGUCUUGGAAACCACUCAUUAUCUACAUCAUUACAAAACUCGAUUCAACAAGAGUUCAAUACAAAUAUCAAGAACAAUGACUUGGUUGAUCCUUACAGAUAUGCUGUCUACAAAAUCAUUGGUAAGUGUGAUUUGAGCAAGAAGUCUAUUCCAAAGAUUUUUGCCAGUACUGAAGAUUGGUUAUGGACUAAUUUUAUGUUAAUCAAUGAAAGAAACCAAGAUUAUUUGGAACUCUCCAAGUAUGAAUCCUAUACUUUGUUUGAUUUCCAAAAGAACUUAAUUCAAUAUGGUGCUGCUUACUUCAAUGGCAGCUCUAAUUUUCCAACAUAUAUCCACGUUUUAUUGCUUGGUGGCUUAUUUGAGUUGGCAGUUAAAUAUGCUUUCUCAAUUGGUGAACUUGAGGCAGUUCAUUUGGCCAUUGGAUUGGCAUACUAUGGCCUUUUGAGGAUGAGUGAUUAUGACUCUAUCAUCAAAAAGAACGGAAAUAAUGCAAAUGAAUUAACGGCAACUAACGAAAAUGGAUUGUAUGAAAUAAAUUACGCAAGAUUAAUUGGUUACUACACAAGAAGUUUUAGAGUCUCAGACACAAUUGUUGCUCUAGAAUAUCUUUUGUUGAUUAACCUUGCUGGAAAUAAUAAAUAUUACAAGUUGAGUCUUGAGGCCAUAAGGGAAUUGGUUAUUGAGACUAAGGAAUUCAGCAUAUUAUUGGGUACUAUUAAUAAAGAUGGUACUAGAUAUCCAGGAAGAAUUGAAAAUCGUCAACAGUUAUUGUAUGUUGAAAAUGAAAAGGAUGAAAAAUCCGGAACCAUCAAUAAAUCAGAUAAGAGUUCAUAUCUUUACGAAAUCAUUGAACAAGCUGCCAAGAGAAUUGGCGAAGAAGGCAGAGUCUAUGAUAGUUUGUUAUUAUACCAAUUAUCAGAAAAUCAUGACCAAGUUAUCAAGAUAAUCAAUAGAUUGUUGGGUGACUUGUUGAGCAGUACUGACAUAUUCCAACCUAUUUCCAAAGAAACAAACGAACAGGAAUGCUCUCCUAUUGAAAUAGGUGAAAAACUUUUGAAGACCUAUGAAUUAAGCCCAUCUUCAUUAGAAAUUUCUUCUAGCUCCAGAGAAAUUUUGAAGAAGUUAUUGGAUAUCGCUAAAAUUAAAGAGACUUUUGUCAGUGGAAACUAUGAAACUACAUUGGGUUUGAUAAAAGAACUAGAUUUAAUCCCAAUUCUGACUAAGGAGAAUUUAACCUCUAUAAGAAUGAAGUGUCAAGAGAUCAAUCAACAACAAUUGGAUUACAACUUGAUGAAGAAUGUGGGUAAUUUGUUGUUGAUUGCUAUGAAUUGUAUCAAUCAAUUGAUCAGCAAAUCUGAUCAAAGCCAGUUUUUCAAUAAUGUUAGAUUAGCCCAGGUUAACGAGUUAGAAGAAAUUGCUAAGCAGAUUAUGGUAUUUGCUGGGAUGAUACAGUACAAAAUGCCAAAGGAAGUAUACAUCAAAUUAACAUCUUUGGAGUUAGUUUAUAAAUGA